CUGAUCAUAAUUAAAGUGCUAAAAAAAAUGAGUUAUCCACCAACCCAAGCAUUGAUGCCGGCGACCGGCACAAUUCUGUGUGCCACUGGCCAGCCGAUAACGCCGGCAAAUAAAACCUGCUUGGCCCAAUUGGGGGAUGAGGAGGAUACAUUUCAAGUCGCGGAAAGGGGCUUUCUCGCCAAUAGGUAUAACCAAGAUAUGCGAAUAUUGGGUAUUGUCUCCGGUACGGCAUCCCCGAUGGUCAAGCUAAUGGAACGCUCAGUGGCCAGUAAAGUCGGCCGAUUAACCUGUCUGCCAUCUAGCCAUCAUAUGGAUGAAAUACUGACCGGGCGUGUGCGUGAAAUGUCAUUUGAAGACUUUGGGAACCGAGCGGAAUAUAAUGUGAAAUUAACCAAUCCGCAAAUUGAGAUAGAAAAGUCAAUGGGCAUACGGUUAGAUAUUACUAAUUGGAAGCAUUAAUGUUUGAAUGUUUUUUUGAAAUUAACGCACUUUUUUGGACGCUGUUUCUUUACUUUGAUUUCCAAUAUGUGUUGUAUAUAUACAAGUAUAUAUAGUAUAUUAUUCAAUUCAA